AUGAACUUUGAGGACGUGGCCAUUGUCUUCUCUGAGGAGGAGUGGGGGCUCCUUGAUGAGGCUCAGAGACUUCUGUACUGCAAUGUGAUGCUGGAAGUGUUUGCACUUGUCUCAUCUGCAGGUUGUUGGCAUAACACGGAUGAUGAGGAGGCCUGUUCUGAGCAGAGUGUAUCUGUACAAGGAGAGUCACAGGUCAGGGCGUCUAAGACAGAGCCAGCAACCCAGAGGACCCAUGUGUGUAAGCGGUGUUUCUCUGUGUUCAAAGAUAUUCUGCACCUGACUGAGUCACAGGCAGCAUACCUUGAGCAGAAGGCCUUCUUCAAUGACACACGUGUGAGAGACUUCUGUUUCAGUGCAAACCCUCGCCAGCAACAGAGGGAAGCCAGUGGAGAGAAGCCGUGGAAGGAAGUGGUGGACAGGGCCUCGUUUGUGACCAGGUGCAGCUUCUACUUAUCAGGGCUGCCUUCAUCCAGGAGGGAGGUUGGGGAAGAUUUGCCAGCCACCUCAGAGCUUCUCCAGCACCAGGCCCCUCUGGACACUGAAGAGCCACACAGUGGCAGUGAUACUUCCCAGAAAUUUCUUAGUGGAAAAGGUCAUAACCAGUGGGGUCAAUGUGGAAAUCCUGCCAGCCACAACCAGAAAGUUGUUCAACAGGGCGUCUGCAAGGGAGAAGUGAAUUAUGCAUGUAACAAAUCUGGAAAAAUUUUUAGAGGAAUCUCUAGCCUCAUGCAAUAUAGGAAAGUUCACAGUGGAGAAAAGCCAUAUGAGUGUAGUGAUAGUGGGAAGGCCUUCGGAUAUAAGACUAACCUCAAUCAACACCACAGACUUCACAUUGGAGAAAAGCCCUAUGUGUGUAGUGAUUGUGGGAAGUCAUUCAGACAAAGGCGUAACCUUACUAAGCACCAGAGAGUUCACACUGGAGAAAAACCUUAUAAGUGCAAUGAAUGUGGGAAGUCCUUUAGACAAAGGCAUACCCUCACUGAACACCAGAGAAUUCACACUGGAGAAAAACCUUAUGAGUGCAGUGAAUGUGGGAAAUCUUUUAGAUGCCAUGGUAACCUUUUUACCCACAGGAGAAUUCACACUGGAGAAAAACCUUAUGAGUGCAGUGAAUGUGGGCAGUCCUUCAGACAAAGGUGUAACCUCACUGAACACCAGAGAAUUCACACUGGAGAAAAACCUUAUGAAUGCAGUGAAUGUGGGAAAUCUUUUAGAU